UCGGACCGCCAGCUCAUGGCGAUGCCUCCUCGACGACGCGUGAGCUUCGGGCCGCAUGACGAGCACGACACCGAGGAGAGCAAACAAGAAGUGCUGCCACGUCAAGGCGCGCAGCAAAGCUACGCUCGAGGCUUCAUGGCGUCGUCGCUCGCGCCCGCGCUCGCCGCCAUCUUCACAAACCCAGUCGAGGUGGGAAAGGUGCGCCAGCAGCUGGACAAGCAGCCAGCGUCGCUGGUGGCGACGCUGCGCCACGUCUGGCAGUCGCACGGGCUGGCAGGCUUGCAGGCGGGGCUGCAGAUCUCGGUCCUGCGCGAGGCGUCAAAGUCCUUUUUCCGCAUCGGCUGCUUCACGCCGAUCCUCGACCAGCUGCACGACGCAGCGCAGGGGCCCGCGCCGCUGUACAAGCGGAUGGCCGCCGGCAUGUCGUCCGGGGCGAUCGCCGCCUUGGUAUGCAACCCGAUCGAGCUCGUCAAGACGCGCCAGCAGGCGGCGGGCGGCGGCGCGGUGCUGGACGGCUUCCGACAGCUCCACGCCGCAGAGGGGCUGGUGGGCAUGUGGCGCGGGACGGCCGUGUCGAUGUGCCGGUCGGCGAUGGUGACGGGGCCUCACCUCACCACCUACACCGCCCUCAAGGAGGCGGUCGCGGCGCGCGGUUGGCUCCCCGACGCGCCGCCGCUGCACAUGCUCGCCUCGCUCGCCGGCGCCUUCGCCGGCGUCUGCUGCAACCAGCCGCUCGACGUGGUGCGCAACCGGCUGUACAACCAGCCCAUCGGCCCGGACGGGCAGGGCACGCUCUACGCCGGCGCGGUCGACUGCGCCAAGCAGCUCCUGUGCAGCGAGGGGCCUCUCGGGCUGUACCGCGGCUUCUCGUCGCACUACCUGCGCGUCGGCCCCCACUACGUCCCCCCCCCCUGCAGCUUGGCCCUCGACCACAGCCCGCCCUCCCUCGGCGGUCAGCGUGGAGCGCUCUGCAAAGUUGUAUACAGAGACCGAACAACAGCGGAAUAGGUGUUCUUUCAAGAUAGCUCUGUCGUCUGUGUGUAACAUC